AGGGCCAUGAGAUAGGAGGAGCCAUGUUGUAGGUGGCGGGGCCUUCUCGGCGGGACCAGGUUUGGACACCCUCGCAAGAAGCCUCAAGGCAGACACCGACCCUGCUGAUUUUAGCUGAGGUCCUGCCUGCUUUUCCCUGCUUCCUCUCAUCCUACAUCCUGCAAAGCCCAAAUCAAAGCACAGUCCUGAAGAUAGGCCUCCGUCUUUUAGUUAUAAAAGAAACUUAAGAACUUCAAGAUGGCAGGAAGAGAGUUUCUUGAAGUAGAUUCUCCACAGCAAAGGCUAUUUUUGGAAAGAUUUAAGUACAUGGAAAUCAUGCAGAAGAUGCUCAGUGAGCUUCCUAAAGCAGAUCAGAACCUGUGUAACCAUGGAUCAUACUUCCUUGCAGCAAAUUCAAGCCUAUGUGGCUUAGCAGCAAAUAACUUCUUCAGGAACAUCCUACACGUCCGCAGGGCUUCCAUAGCAUCUGCUUUGCCAAUGGCUGUUAUUCCAUUCAUUUCAACAGCAGCAGUUUAUGAAGUUUUUUUGCGUCAGCCUUUAUUUUCAGGUGAGAUUAACUGUGAGGUCUGUGCUGUGGUCAGAGGAGGAUUAAUAGGGGCUGUUGUGGGUGGUUUCUAUCCUGUUCUCAUGGCUCUCCCCGUGAAUGCAAGCCUUGCAGCCAGGUAUUCUUCAUCUCCCUUGCCAGGGAAAGAAAAUCUACUACGCUUCUGGCUCACAGUUUCUCAGCCUAUCUUUAGAAAGAUGAGUUUGGGUGUAGUGAUACAGGCUCUAACUGGAUUAUAUCUUGCCACUAAACAUCACGGAAUAUAUGUCAAAAUACUGGAACGGAUGAGCACUGCUGGCAGGGAUCCUGAAGAGCUACAAGCAUGAAGAUAAGCAGUUUAGCAUUUGCCUUGAACAACAACCUUAAUAAACAAAAAG